AUGAAUUCGAGCCUCAAUCGCAAGGAUAUCGAGGACUUCUGGCGGCGUUCCAACUCGAUCUGUGACCAAGUGAGUCCUUUUGAAACCCCUCCCGCCCACGGAAUCAGCCCUUUCAGGACCCGCCCUCCAACCCGGAGAACUUGAAUGUCCAAGUGCGACGAAUGAGUCUCGCAGAGUUCACAGGACUGGCUCCCCAGCAGAAACUCACGUAAGAAACUCAGAAGUUCGAGUGGAUAGUCUACUUGGGAACUGCUUAUCACCACCUUUCCCGAUCAUUUCGACGGCGAAAGAAAACCGUGACUGAUAACCGAAAGUCAAAUUGAAUUAUUUGGUAAACAGAAAGUCGAGCGGAAGCAGGAGGUCAAACGCGGACUCGGCAAAACCAAAAAAGAACCUUCAAUUUCAGAAAUUACAUUGUAUUGAGAAUUCUGAAUUUCCGAAGAUGUCUUCUGAUAUUCAGUGUGAAUAUGCGCAUUUGUUUGGCCAAAACGCAACUGCAAAAAAAAUGCGAAAACGCUGAAACUGUUUCCAGACAUAUUGUAUUUUCCUAUAGGAUCAUAGCUUUUGGAACUUAAAAAGUUGUACUUAUGGUUCUGCUCGGAAUGAAAACGCGAAUUCCUCUUCGGGUCUCAACACACUAGACACAGUCUCCCCCGUAAUCUGAGCAGUUGAACAGUGAACUUCUACCGGAAGAUCUCAACUUCAAAACGAGACUUGAUCCUUUUUCAGAGACAUCGAGCCUCCCACGUGGAAAUCGUCCGUUUCGCAGUCCUCUCUCCUCAACUCCUUCUCCAGUCGACGCCGUUCCGUUCUCUCCAAUGACGCCCUCGAUUCUCCUUCCAGACGAUUAUCUCCGAGGAUUGAAGAGGAGAUGGAUGUGCAAACUGCCAUUUCCAGGUCAGGCAUUCUUUAAAUAGGACAAAAUACCAAAUGGAUGUACAGACUAAGGACGAUCGAAAUGAAAAGUGCCGAAAUGAAAGCUGAGUCCGGAAGCGGAACAGUUAUCAAUGCGGACGACGUUUUGGCCGAGAAGAAGCGCGCGAACGAUGCGAUCCAGCGCAUCCAGAUCGUUGCCCGCCAACUGAACCAGUGAGUCUAUGCAUUGUUAAGUCGCCUUCCGUCGCAUCCACAUUCCUAAAUCAAGCAAUUGAAACGAACACCAUUGUGGACAAAUACCUAUUCAUUUUGAGAAACACGCACUAUCCGUUCCCAACUGCACUUGCGUGCUCACAAUCAAAAACGUCCUAAAUGUGCGCGUUGAGCUUAACGUGCUGAAAAUAGGUCAUACAGGGAGACAUGGGCAGUUGAACUGUAUCCUAUUAGUAACUUAUUAACUCAAAACACUAGACUUUGAGAAUUUGAGGUACUAAGUGAAGUAGAGCUUGUACAUCUUUAACUCUUUCAAACUUCCCGUUAUUAUUUUUGACUAUGAGUGAUCUGGGCAUAUUCAUGUUCUCGAAGUCCGCUUAAAAUGUGAUUUGGAGAAAGUGUCCAAACCUCGGACGAAAUGAUUUUCAGAGUCUGAACCCAUGCCAUUUUUCAAUUUAUUGCUCCUUCCUGCACACGAUACUUGUGCUCCCUGAACAAAAGGAAAGGACACUCGUAAACUGAGAGCUCUUUUGCACUUUCCGCCUCAUUCUCAUACAUUCUUUACGCCUUACGCUCCCCAAUUCGAAAAUUGAGCCUUUGCCACUGCAGUCCUAUCGAAGAAGUGUCUGGAAAUGGAAAAAAAAACACUCGGCACUAUUCUCCAUCCUUUUUCGUACAGCUGUGGUCAUUGAGUGCCGCCGCCUGACGUUCGAAUCAAGCCAUUCAGGAGCACUUAAUGGGAGACGUCUGAAUUGAAAAUGAACGGGUCGUUUCUCUUUCUGGUGCGAGGACAGGUGUCUCAGUCGACGACGUUAACGACUCGACAAUUUAUGCACUGCGUCCAGAUGACGAAUUAGGCGCUGCGCAACCAAACCAAACGAGCUGUCGUUGUUUCUGUGGGAAAAGGAGCGAAAAGGAGAAUUGUGCUCUCUAAAACAAGACGGCAGAAGGUCCUCGCUUUAGACGACAGACGUGCCCGCUCAUUAGGUACACUUUGCCACCCUUUAAGUGGCUAGAUUCAACGGACGAGGCAGCUCAAUGAGCCCAAUCACGGUGGCGGUUUUCUUGUCGUUUGUCUCCCAGAAGCCAUCCACGUAUCGAUCGGCGUCUUGGCGAGAAAGGGCCUUCGUCUCUGUCUUCGGCUGCUCAAUUCCCUCGACUCGGCGCGUCGCUUGCCCGCUCAACUUUUUUGGCCCUUUCCUGUCUCGCCUUGUGCCCUCCUUAGCGCCCUCAAAUUCAGAAAGACGCAACAAGAACAUCUAGUUGUGGAAAGCUAUGUUAUUUGCUGAAUGGAGGCUUUGGCUCCUACCGCAACUGUGUGCGUAGUGUGUCAAAUACUGUAAUAACCUGAUAGGGGGAAGGGGAAGAAUUAUGGGCGACGACCGAUUCAAGGGGCAUUCAAACAACAUAUCAACGCGCAGAUCAGUUGUCGGUUGAUAUAGCUGUUGAAAACCGCUCGAAGCUGCGCCCGCGCAGGAAUACUGCGACCGGAGUGCGUGACCGGGACAGGACGAAUAAGGGAGAAUGGUGGUGGUGCGGGCCGUCGAAGGGAGAUGUGGGAGGGGAGAAGGCGACGGCGAGGCGGGACGACGAGGGAGGCGGAGGGCGGAGAGGGAAACAUAAAACAUACACGCACGACUCUCUCUUUCGCCCUCUCUCUUUCCUGCCACACGCACACUGACACUCGCUGGCACUCACUCUUCCAUACUCCCUCGUCGCCGCCGCCCAUCUGCUGCGCGACGACGGCGAUGGCGACGACGUGGGUGCCAAGCCGAGACGCAGACAAGGGACGAGCGGUCCGUCGGGGGAAACGGGCGGUGCCCCCGAGCAGCAGAUGGGCCAUCGAGGACGGGAGGGUCCAGCCAAAUGGGAAACGAUCAAUCAUGUCCGGCGAAAAGCGGCCGAAAAAGUCUCUUUCAUGCAGCUUCUGUCGUCUUCUGAAGAAUAUAGAAAGGGCGAGAAGUGGUGGGAAGAACUGAGAUUCAGAGUGGAUUGGCUUCGGCUCGGUGGUAAUUCAGAAAAAAGUGGAAAGGGAAAACUGACUAAUCCGCAUACAGACAAGGAUUGACAUCAAGUUGAUUCUGGUAUGAAACAGAAAAUCUGUAAAACAUAAACAGGAAUUAGAUGAAAAUAAAGUCAGUCCAUUUCAGACUCCCAUCGAGCAAUGCAACUGAAACGAGUUCCGCAGUCAGGUCGCAGCUUUCCGAGAUGAUCGCGGCAACGCAUUCUCUUUCUACUGCUGUCCGUCAAAUCGAACUCAACACAACAGUCUACCACGCAGAGCUCAUCAGCACUGAACUUCCUCAGGUUUCCAUUGCAUGCCUAAAAUGUCCGUCAUUUGAUACUUUUCCAGGUUUUCUCCUCAUUGAUCUCCUUUGUAUCGAAACUGGAUGCAACGGCAAUGGCUGCAAAUAUUUCGACUCCGUCGCGCAAGACAAGUCUAAUCUCGAGCUCGUACUCUCAUUUGCUCGCCAAUCUUAACGUACUCAAUCGUGCCAUUUCUUCGUCCGUCUGA